AUGUGCUAUCUGGGAAUGCAGACGUCUAAUAGACGCCUUCGUGAUGUACGUGUGCUACGGACCCUACGACUGACUAAUGUGGGAGUUAUUGGCUCACUGGCGAAACACAUCGCAAAAAGCAGCUCAGCGUGUCACAAUGUGCUGAGAAAGACGUUCAGUUUAUCUUCGAAGAUUCACGCGAGCCAAGAAUUGAUCGCUCCUGCUUCCGCGGAACAACCUACAUCAAAAAAAUACAUUCCCCAUCUGACCAAGUUUAGUCCUGAUCUUUGGGGCGUCUCUCUCUGCACAGUGGAUGGACAAAGACACUCAGUGGGAGACACAAAGGUGCCGUUCUGCUUGCAGUCGUGCGUGAAGCCGCUGGAAUAUGCCAUCGCUGUACACGAACACGGCACAGAGCGUGUGCACCACUACGUUGGGAAGGAGCCCAGUGGAUUCAAAUUCAACAAACUCUCCCUGGAUGAAGAAGAUAAACCUCACAAUCCCAUGGUCAAUGCUGGAGCAAUUGUCAUCAGUUCACUUAUUAAGCCAGGUGUCAACAAGGCCGAGAAGUUUGACUAUGUUGGAUUACCUGCUAAAUCCGGUGUGUCUGGUGCAGUUCUUCUUGUGGUGCCGAAUGUGAUGGGUGUCAUGUGUUGGUCGCCCCCUGUGGACAAAGUUGGGAACAGCGUCCGUGGAAUCCACUUCUGUCAGGAACUGGUGUCUUUGUUCAACUUUCACAAUUACGACAAUCUGAGGCACUUUUUGAAGAAGCAGGACCCUCGCAGACUUUCUGAUGAUGACAGGAAUAAGUCAGUGGUGAAUCUGAUGUUUGCAGCCCACAGUGGAGAUGUCUCAGCUCUGAGAAGGUUUGCCCUUUCAUCCAUGGAUAUGGAUCUGAAGGACUAUGACUCUCGUACACCUCUUCAUGUAGCUGCUGCAGAGGGUCACAUGGAUGUUGUGCUAUUUCUCAUGCAGUCCUGCAGAGUCAACCCUUUUGUGAAAGACCGGUGGGGAAAUAUUCCUCGGGACGAUGCCAUGCAGUUCGGCCAUGAGGAUUUGGUGAAGAUCUUGGAAGAAUAUGAGCAGAAAUACAUUCAAACAUCUCAGACUGACGCAGAAGACCGUAGUCAUCAAUCCAAAUGUUCGUCUCUGGAGGGACGAGUGUGAUCUGCUGUGAAUGUAACCAACUUUAGGAAUAAAGAUCAUGUCAUCAGAUAUUAAGAAAAUAAGAGCACAUUUACGGAAAUAUCUCUCUACAGAGAUUUUUUUUUAUUUUGAUGUGUAAAUAUGAGAUU